UGAUAGGCUACAUCAAAAACCAUUGCUGCAAACGUGGGAAUUGCGAUGUCUCUUGCAUAUUGCACUAUUGACGUCACUGCUUCUAAAGAAAUGAGGCGGACGGCGCAUGCAGCCAAUAAGAGAGCGCGAUCUCACUGCUGGAAUCAACUCCAGUAUGUGAUGGGAGUAUUGAGAUGAACUUCACAGACCUCAUACACUGCCAAAACGAAAGCAAACUCAUGCGCCUCGCGUUUUCACGGACAUGUAUCUCUCUAAUGGACCUCUUUAAUGGAUGGAAAUCACAUGACUCUUCUAAAUAGAUGCUACUUUUAUGGUGCACCGGUCUAAUGGACAUGACUCUAAAAAAAUGACUAUGACUUCACUGUCUGAAAGUUUGGUGGCUUCAGACCCUUCAAAAUCAGCAUUUCUGGAGUUCAGUCACGGUUACCAGUCUCACCAGCAGCAUUCACCCGGCGUGUCUCACGCGCACUAUCCGGUGCACGGUCUGCAUCAAGGCGCACAUUCGCAGUACGAUGCGGCCUUCUCUUCUGGCGCUGCUUCGUACGGCCGUCCGCUCACUUACCACUAUCCCAGCGCCCAUCACCACCCCGGAGCUUACCUACCCUAUCAACACAACAGCGCAGUCGGCCAUUCAAGAGUAGAGGAUGCAGAUUCGGAGAAGCAAAGUUCCAUUGAAAGUGGAGAAAUACGCCUGAACGGGAAGGGGAAAAAGAUUCGCAAACCCCGCACAAUCUACUCGAGCUUACAGCUUCAGGCGCUCAACCAGCGCUUCCAACAGACUCAGUACCUCGCGCUGCCUGAACGCGCUGAUCUGGCCGCCAAACUGGGUCUGACACAAACACAGGUAAAGAUAUGGUUCCAGAACAAGCGUUCCAAGUACAAAAAGAUAAUGAAGCACGGCUCAAGCGGACCGGAAGGAGAACACCUUCAAGCUGCCUCUGCGUCUGGACCACCAUGUUCACCAGGAAUGCCGCCCCUGUGGGAUGUUUCCAUGUCAACCAAAGGUGCCCCCAUCCACUCUGGAGGAUAUAUGAACUCUUUUGGACACUGGUACCCUGGUCAUCAUCAUCAUCAAGACCCAAUGGCCAGAACUCAGAUGAUGUGAUGGCGGUUUAGGACAGUCUACAGAGUAUCCAGAUCCCCUCUACUGAUUCACACCAGCACUCUUUAGCACUGUUUACUCACAGCCAAACUUUCUUCCCCAGUAUUUUCAUCAUGGUGAUUUACAUUGCUGACUUUUUUUCUUUGCUUGCAGGUUUUUGUGGUGGAUUUUUUAAAAGACUGAAUAAGCAACAUUACAUAAACUUGGAUUUUGUAAACUCUUGUAAAUUUUAAUAAAAUGCCAUUGUCUAAUUGCCUUGAAUGUCUAUCCUAUAUUUCAAAGCUUUUUCAGUCUAUUUAUCAGUCUACUGCAUAUUAUUUGCUCUUUAAAAUCUUGCUUUGGUUUCCAAACUUCUCAGUUUUUACCCUUUCAAUAAUACUUGAAACUUGAAAGUGCUGAAUAUUUCAUUGUCAAGAAUCUCAGAUUUAAUUUUAGGAACUAUAUUUGACAAAUGAAUACAAUAAAAAUAAUUCAGAAUAAAAGAGAAUAAAAAGUUGCAAGCAU